UCACAAAGAGAGAGAGAGAGAGAGAGAGAGAGAGAGAGAGUGGCGUAGAAAUGACUCGAACUCAACGAAAAAUUUGGUAAUUGCUUUUGCUUCUUUUUUCGUUGCCCCUCCCGCCCUUUGCUCCCUCGCUUUGUCUCUCGAUUUUUCCGCCUAAGCUUUCGAGUUUCUGCUCUCAAACCCUAAUUUCCUUUUUCUCUCUCUGUUUCUCUCUCUCUCACUCACUCUUUCUCAAAUCCAAAUUUCUUAUCCAUGUGCUAUUACGUCGUUGGAGUUUGAACACUUGCAUAUAUCUGGUGCGAUGCUCUUUCAAUUUCUCUGUUAUCGAAUGUUUUUUCCUUGUUCGUUUCUUGAGCUUGAGAAUCUGUUUGGUUGCCGAGAAAUGGAAGGGAAACCACGGAAAUUACAAUGCACUUUAGUCUCCCCAACUAACUUAUCUUGGAUCCAGAAUUGCUCUGACUGCGACAAAGGUGAAGCCUGAAAAUGGCAAAAGGUAGCAGGGGACGACGCAGGAUUGCUUCCCGAAGAUACAGACCAACUCCAUACCCAUUGCGCUCUAAUCAAGAUAUAUUGGAGGAUCUGUGCCCGAAGAAAUGCUCCAGAGAUUUGGAGAAAAAAGACUGGGAUGAUGCAACAUGUUCUGUGUGCAUGGAGUAUCCUCACAAUGCCGUUCUUCUCCUAUGUUCCUCUCAUGAUAAGGGUUGCCGACCCUACAUGUGUGGAACUAGUUUCCGGCAUUCCAACUGUCUUGGCCAGUACAAGAAAGCUUAUACCAAAAUGGUGUCAUCUGAUCAUGGACAACCAUUGCUUGGUUCCGAUAACAAUCCAAUUGUGCUACCAGAUUCUGAAUGGCCAGCACAGAAGUGUGAAAUCUCCGAGCUUGCAUGCCCCCUCUGUAGGGGAAAGGUGAAGGGCUGGACUGUUCUUGAACCAGCACGAGAUUAUCUAAAUGCAAAAAAGAGAAGCUGCAUGCAAGAGAAUUGCUCAUUUGUCGGAAAUUACAAGGAGCUUAAGAGGCAUGUGAGGGCAGAACACCCCUCUGCACGGCCGCGUGAAGUGGAUCCAGUACUCGAACAGAAAUGGAGAAGGCUUGAACAUGAGCGGGAGACGGAUGAUGUGAUCAGCACAAUACAGUCUUCCAUGCCAGGGGCAAUGGUUUUUGGAGAUUACGUAAUAGAAGGAAAUAAUUAUGGAUUUGAUACGGACGAAGAGGAUGGUGGUUUCGAUGCGGAAGCUGGGGAAAGGAAUGGAGGAUUUGGGUUGGGCUUUGAUGGUAAUCUGGUGAAUGUCUUUUUCCUAUUGCAUGCAUUUGGGUCAUCAGGGACUGGGCGACUGAGGCAGCCUGAGAGGGCAUUGCACCACCCAUCGGACGGUAGUGCAGUUGGCAUCCGGCACAGCACUCCUAUUGGUGGUUCGGAUUCCUCAGAUCAAGAUGAUGAGAAUGACAGUAAUGGUGAUAAUGCUGGUGGUGGUAUGUCAUUGGUGAGUCGACUCCGCCGUCAUGGCAGGGUGUUGUUGGGACGCUCUGGGAGGAGACGAAGGCGUAGAGAAGGAAAUAGUGAUCAAACAUAAACUGAAUCGUGGUAAGAAUGGGGGGAAUUUAGGAAACCUUGCGUAGGCACACAAAUUUUAGGAGUGAUUUGCACAAAAACAAAUAAAAGAAGUUAUGAUUUUUAACUUUCUCGCAUUUGCAUUGGAUUUAAUUGUCAUUUAGAAAGCUGGGAAAAAAGGAAAAUGGAGAUGAUGGUUGUUCCUUUUCCCUCUGUUGUGUAAUAUAUUUUCAAAUGUAAUUUUUAACUUCCCUUUUACCUUAAUGUAUGAAUAUAAAUUUCCUUCGGUGUA